AUGAAUAAAACACCAACAAUAACAACAACUACAACAACUACACCACAAAUUAAGAAGGAUCUACAUGAAAAUGAACAAGGAAAGAAGGAGCUAAUGGAUAAGCUCAACGAAUGUAAAAGUGCAUAUGCUAUAUUAAGCUCAAAGGGCCACGCACUUGAAGGUGAACUAAAAUGA